ACCGGACUAGACGUCACAUUCUUGCAUUCCCUCUUUUCCCCUCCGCUUUUUUCUACGUUGUCGUUACCUCCAUAGCUAACCCCCUUUAUUCAUUUCUUUCCAUUUUAUUUAUUUAUAUUUUUAAACAAACACAGUAACAGUCAUGACGCGGCAGGUUUGAUCGGAGAAGGAGGUGAACCCGGGUUUUCGAGACACAUUCUCAAUUCGGGUCACUUUCCUCCGCCGCUUCCCCUCUUCGCUUCCCACCUGCCGCCUUCACGGUCGCCAUGGAGAGCUCGUCAGUGGCGUCGGCGUCAUCCGAGGCCGGCAGCACGCGCUCGCAGGAGAUCGAGGAGCUGGAGCGUUUCAUCGACAGCUACGUGCUGGAGUACCAGGUGCAAGGGCUUCUGGGAGACAAGGUGGACGACGACCUGGACCUGGACGAUGGUGGGAAGGUGCCACAGUGGACAGACGAUUGCAACGACUACAAAGAUGGCAGCUGGACGUCGUCUCAGGGGAGAAGCUCCUCAAAGCCAGAUGAGUGGGAGCACAGCAGUAACGGCAGCUCAGGUUCCAGGCCCAGUUCUGGGUCCAGACCUGGUUCUGGCUCCCGAUCUGGCAGUAGGGGUCGGAACAACCAGUUCAGAGGCUCCGCCAAGAAUGGAAACAAAGAUGUCUCCUUUGACAUCCUCGGCACAGACAUAUGGGCGGCCAACACAAUGGACUCGCGCGGGGGUACAGGUUGGGAUGUGCAGCCAGAGAAGCUCGACUUCAGUCACCUCCACAGGAAACACACGCGAGUAAUGCCAAAGCACCUGCCGCACAUCGACCGAGAGGGAAUGAGCAAAAACAAGUUUGAGGAAGAUGAUGGCGUAUACUUAAAUGACAUAGAGAAGUUUCUGCCCCAUCUGUGCUCUGUCUUCCCACCCCUUCCUAAUGAGGCUGAGAUCGCGCACACCAAAAAGCUCUUCCGACGCAAGAGGAACGACCGACGGAGACAACAACGGGCUCAGGGAGGAGGUAAGAACCAAUCUCCAUCACCGCAGCACCAUUGGGAUCAGCAGUCACCCAGCCCGACGGAAACCGGCGACAACAGAAACAACGGCCGCUCUCCUCGCCAGUAUCAAGGCGGACAUGGGCAACGUCAGGGCGGACACCCGCACGGAUACAGCCAGAACCGACGCUGGCACCCGAAUCAGAAAGCUCCGGGACAACAGAACCCCGCCGGUCCCGACAGAGGACCACCUCUGAGAGCAACCAAAGAGAUCGAGACUGUAAAAGUGACAAGUGACAAGCACACGUGGCAGAUGGAGGAGCCUCGCGACUCUUCCAAGGCUGAUUCGGCGCCGGACGCAAACGCUUUGUCAGACGUGGCAGCCGGCAAAGAAAGCCCCGGCUCGUCGGGCCAGAGUGUGUCCAGGGAGCCCCAAAUCAGCUUGCUGCGGUCGUCCAAGGAGCGGCUGGAGAGGAGACUAAAGGACAAGGAGGAGGCACUGACGGAGGUGUUAGGCGCACCCGGCAUGGACCGCCUGCUCAGGCUGCUCAACAGCAUGAGGAGCAACAGCGGCGGCGUGGAAGAGCAGCUGGCCUCCUUCAUGGAGGAGGCACAGAGCUCGGCGCGCUCCGAGGAAACCCUGAGCCAAGUUGUGGACACCAUCUACGACAAGGCCGUGUCGGACCGCAGUUUCGCCGCCACUGCCGCCAAGCUGUGCAACAAGAUGGCGCUCUUUAUGGUGGACGGGACCAAGUUCAGGUCCUUGCUUCUCAAUCUGCUGCAGAAAGACUUUGCCCGCCGCGAGGAACUGCGGCGGUCGGACGUGGAGGUGUGGUUGGGCUUCAUCACCUUCCUGUGUGAGGUGUUUGGCAUCAUGAGGAGCAGUUCCGGGGAGCCGUUUCGGGUCUUGGUGUGUCCCAUCUACACUUGCCUGCGAGAGCUGCUGCAGUCCAAAGACGUGAAGGACGACGCCGUGCUGUGCUGCUCCCUGGAGCUGCAGAGCGCCGGGCACCUCUUGGAGGAGCAGCUGCCCGAGAUGAUGACGGAGCUGCUCGUGGCCGUGCGCGACAAGAUGCUGAGCCCGGCCGAGUCGCCGCUGACUCGCUCGCUCCUCAUGGAGGUGGUGGAGCUCCACGCGCACUGCUGGAGUCCCCUGGAAGCUCCCACCACGCAGUACUACGACCGCACCAUCCAUAAACUCACCACCACCACCGCCGCAGCCACGGCCUAGACUCGCCAUGUCUUCCCGGACUCUGGGCGCAGACGAUGGUGCUUGGGCCACUAGGGGCAGUGUCGUACGGCAGUAGCUUAUCCAUGGGAAUAGAGACAUGUAUGGGGGGGGCGCUGUCUUCAUUGUCAUAUGUCCCCUCCUCCUCCCUUUGCAUCCUCUCGCCCUCGUGGCUGAUAACGGACAGAAAAUGGAGGCAGGGAGCAGACACGGCGGGCUGUUUGCACCGUCUGCCCUCCUCUCCGCAGGGACCCCCCCCUUCACCCCCUCCCCCACCAGGUCACGC